AUGAAACUACGCGGAAGCCAGGUGAUAUUAAACGACGUCUAUCGCCCGCGGAGGUUGGGCGCGUACUGCCGGAGAGGGCGCCCUGGACGCGGCGCCGCCCCACCCCUCCCGGCUCCGUGCGGUCAAAUUUACAGGACGCCGGAUAGUUCCCGAGUUUCGACGGCCGCCGUCGGCUCAACCCUGCUGGCGGCUUUUGACGUGUUAGGGCGGCGUUUGCUAAGGUGUCCGGGAUUCGGGCUUUUCGGCGGCUAUUUCCUGGCCCCGAUCGAAUUAGUCCGCUAUUUAAGGCCGGAGUUUAGAAGAAAUUCCGCCCUGAAGGCUUUCGUAGAAGCAAUUCGAGUUCCAAGAUCACUAGCUUCA